CCUGACAAUAGCAGUGCUGUUUUCCAUGUCACUGUAAAGUAAGACCAGGAGACAAACUGCACUGCAGCCAUGAGCCAGACAGGUGAGGAGCUGCUUAUCAUCUAUGAGACUGAGGCAGAGCAAUGGGCAACCUACCUGAAAUCAGUCUUCACUGGUCCCAUCUCAGAGGCUGGGAUGUGCUGUUAUGACAUCGCUACAGUGUCCAGCCGGCGGGAUGACUUCCUCAGGCUGGCCCGGUAUACCUGCAAGCUCCUCAUCCUUUCCAAAGGCAUGUUGGAGGGUCUCUGCCAGAUGCGACGCUUCUUCUUGGCUCGUGUGUUGAGUCCUGCGGCUCACGUGGUGGUGCUGCUGUGUGGGGUGGAAAGUCUGUCCCCACUGCUUGAGAUGGUGCCCCUGAAUGGUGAUGAGUGCCUGCAGAUCUCCAGUGAACAAGACGCUCAUGAGUACCUGUCCACUGUGACUGAUAUUGUGAGAAAAGGUGUGUCAACCACAGCAGCAAAUGUCAACCCCUUGACAUGUAAACUAUCAGGAUCAGAGCAAAAGGUGGAACAAAUGCAGUCAACUGGAGCCCACAGUGUCAGAUGCAGAACUCUAGUCGUUCCUUCCAGAGUUCUCUGCGGGAGCUCUGUGGAGGUGUUCAUUCUUUUGAAAAAUGAGGUGCCUGGCAAUGACGCUGAGGUUGAGUUUACUGCUGAAAAUCAGACUCUAAGAGUGAAGCCUGUCCAUUGGAAUGACCGAAUCCUGUGUAUCAAUGCACCAGAUUUUCCAGCAGGAAACGUACGAGUGACCGUCUACAGAAAUGGAGUGUCACUGGGCAACGCACAGUUGCAGUACUACAGCAACAUGGAGGAGACCACCUACCUUCUGUCGAGGAUAGCAGACCCUAUAGAUUUCAUGUGUCAGGCUCUUCAGGUGUCCUCUGUGGACAAGUUGGAUGAGAAGUUGUCCUCCAUGUUGCUGGAGGGAAUGCCCACUGGAGGCUUUCAGGCACUGCAGUGUGAAAACACACCUGAAAGAGAGAUCCACCAUGCAGAUGUACCAUCACUCCUCCACUUUGCUGCCCAGCAUGGAUUCAAGAGCGUGUCCAGCCUGCUCCUGCAGUGUCCAGGUGCUGAGCGAGCACUGCACACAGCCAACCGGCACGGUCAGACUCCCACAGAGAUUGCCAGGAGUCACGGCCACACCGAGCUUCACAUCUUAUUGAAGGAAACACUGAACAUGUUCAACUCUGGUGAGGACAAUGGCGAUGCCAGUGUGUACGAAGUGAUGAGCACCGCAGGGAAUCCUUCCACCACAGAAGUACAGAAAGAGCAACAAGGAGAGGAUGAAGGGGAGGAGGUGGAGGAUGUCUAUGCUCCACUGGGGGUGAAUGAUGAAUAUGACACCAUCCUGAACUCUACAAAGGCAGCGGUUAUUGCCAAUCGCCCACCAGCACCCACCCCUCGGCCUGAGAGCACCCAGCUGGAUGACAGAACCCCUUACAUCGCUCAAGUGUUCCAGAAGAAGAAGACAGCACAGGGUGAUGCUGAUCUGUAUUCACUUCCCACCAAACAAGCACGCGGGCGAGAAGACAGCAUCUCUUCCACAUACGACACCUUUGUGCCAAACCAAAUACACGGGCUUCAGCAGCUCAUUGAGCUCCAGCAGAGGGUGAAGGCAGGUUCACUCACUGUAGACGAGGCCCUAGAGCGUUUCAGCGACUGGCAGAGGGCUCAGAAGGGCAUGGAUGCUAUCCAGCAAGAGAAGUUGAGUCAGCUGAGAGCCAGUAUCAUCAACAGCAGAGAGGGGAACAAUGACAGUGUCUAUGAUAAAAUCAACAUCGUUCAUCACACGCCAAGUGUCACCGUGAAUGAAAGUCGAAGAGGAAGCCAACCACUGCAGUCUGAUUUUUACAGCAAGCCACUGAGAGGACAGCACUCAAAUUUCUUUUGGCGUGCCGACAAACGGUGAAGGUCAGACUGAAAAUAAUUGGUGAAUGUGAAUUUUUUGUUCAUGGAAUAUGAAUCCAGUUAAUUGUACUGAAAUAAACAUCAUUUUAGUUUUGUCAUCAAUUGUGUCACAUUUUCCAUAUUUACAGGCUCCAUCACUCCCCAAAGAUUCACUUCUUCCAGCAAUGAUACUGGUGUAAUCUGUCUAAAUACAUGAAUAUAUCUUUUUAAUUGUAUUGUAAUCUUGUAAUAAUUUUGUUAAAAGAUUUUUAAUGUAUUGCCUACUGCUUGUUCAGCCUUGACUGUCUCUUUUAGUAGUUUGAGAAAAGAAUCAGAUAAAGUACAAAAUGUGUAACUUUACCCGUGAAAGCAAAUGUACAUUUUUAGAUUCAUUUCAGUCUUCAUUUUAUAAAAUGUUUGUCAAUAACUUUAGAAAAUGCUUUGUUCAUUUUGAAAAAUAAACUACUACCAAAAUACAAUA